GUGACAAAUUAUAUUUUCAGACUUGCUCAAUUCUAGGUAGAUUGAUAACCAUUCUAUGCUUUACGAUAUUGCUACACGCAUAUGCACAGGAUACGAUACGGGUGACUCAAAUUCGGAUACCAAUCUCAUUCUCAUGAAUAUUAAUGAGUAAAUAGUACCUUGACAACAGAGACGGUCAACGCAAUCAACAUGGCCGAUGAAGAGGCUCCAUCACAAGAACCUACACAGGAAUUAGCAGAAGCCCCAGCCGUUGCUGAAGGGGCUGGAGAGGAGACUAGCACUCCGGCAGUAGAAGCAGCAGAAAAUCAGGAAGCAACUCCAGCAGCAGAGGGAGAGGCAUCACCAGCAGUAAACCAAGAACCAGCAGACACCCCCACAGACCCUGCUGCAGAAGGGGAGCAGCAAGCAGAGCAACCCACAGCAGAUGGUUCCCCAGGGGCAGCCGAUGGCGAUGGUCCACCCGCUGAAGCAGCGGCGGCAGAAGCAGAGGGACAGGAAGGAGGGGAAACUGCUUCACCAGGUGCUGAUGGAGAGACGGCAGAUGGAGAUGGAGAAGUGAAAGAAGGAGAGGAAAGCAAGGAGGGAGAAGAACAAAAACCUGGCGAAGGGGAGACUGCAGAGGGAGCAGAAGGAGGUGAAAGUGGGGAAGGAAAUCCUGAGGGAGAAGGGGCUGCAGAGGAAGAUGACAAAGAGAAAGAAGGAGAAGGAGGAGCUACCCCAGCUGGAGAUGACACCCAAGCUCUUCGUGAAGGUGAUGGAGAAGGAGCUGAGAAACCAGAGGGUGGAGAUGAGGAGGAGCCCAAGAGUCCGAUACCACAGAGUGACACAUUCCAGGAAGGAGAUCGACCGGAGACCCCUACUGUCCAGGUUAUGGAGCCUUUAUCCAGAGAAGCAACACCCCCUCCUAAUGAACCAGCUCAAAUUGAACCAGGGACACCCGAGAGAGAAAUAUCUCCUCUCCCAGAAGAAGAAGCUUUGCUUGAAGAAGAAGAAGAGGAUCUAAUAUCAAGAGAAGAACUUAUAGAAAUGUAUCAGGCAAUGGUGUCAGAGCGUGAGCAACUGAAUCAACAAAAUAUCCAACUCCAACAUAAGCUUGCUGAAUAUUUCCGUAAGAAGAAGACAGAUGACCAGAGACAAGAAAUGGACAAAAAUGUGACAGAUCAAGAGCAGAGAUAUCUCAAAUACAUGUCCAAUUUGGAUGAGCUAAGGAAACAAGAACAAGAGGAGAGAGAACUCUCCUUCCUGAAUCUUGAGGAGCUCAAAGACCGAAAGCAGGAGAAGCAAGACUAUGUUGAGAAUGAGAACCAACAAUUCUUAGAACUCAAGAGACAAGUAGCCCUGACGGCCAUCAGCAGCAGGACUGGGAAACCCAUAGCUCCAAGGGAAGUGGAAGUGUACCUCUACAAUGAGCUGAAGAAAGAGGAAGAGGUGAAGCAAGUAAGACUGGAGAACAUCAAACUCAAGAACCGUCUUAAGAAGAGAGAGCAACAGCUCAAGGCCAAGGAGGAACUUGCUGAAGGUCUUCAUCUGAUUGACUUUGAACAGUUGAAGAUUGAGAACCAGACAUACAAUGAGAAGAUUGAAGAAAGGAAUGAGGAAUUACUCAAAUUGAGAAAGAAGAUCACUAGUACUGUUCAGGUGCUGACCCACGUCAAGGAGAAGCUCCAGUUUGUUCAGGCUGAGAACCAUGUUCAGAAAGGCAAGCUGAGAGAAGUUGAAGAACUGGUGGCACAGAAACGUGAUGUCCUGUCAAGAACCAAGAAGGCACGAGACAGCCUGAGAAUAGACAACCAACGUCUUCGGCAAAAGAGCGGCCUCUUGGGUAAGAAAUCCCUUCUCCAGGACUUUGAAGAAAGAAAGGACGAGGGAGACGAAUUACGAGGCAGGAUGGAGUAUCUAAAGCGUCAUCAUGCAGAACUCACGCUGAAUUUAGCUGGUGUGAAGAAGAAGAUUGAUGCAGUCAAAGCUGGACGAUCAUGAAAAUUGUGUUAAAAGACUGUUCUAGACUUUGGAGGAGCAUUUACCUUAUGAAUCCGUCCAAACUGAAGUUUUAUUCCCGUUGUUGAAAACAUCAAAAGCAUUACUAUGACUGCAUCUUCCUUCCUGUUAUGUAUUUUGAGGAUGACUGGACGUUGAGAAGUUGUGUCUGGACCUAUUCAACAAAUGCCUUAGUUUUCUUUUUGAACUGUUAUAUUAUGGUAGCUUUGCCAUCCAAUGGUAACUGCCAUGGAAUCCAUGUCUUUAAUUGUCUAGCAUUCUUACCAUGCUAAAUACCAUUGGAUGGCAAACUUACCACAAAUAUAACUUUCAUGCAACUGGGCACUGGUCUCUGUUGCAAAGAAUAUAAUUAUUUUAAGUAAUUUUGCCUUUUUUUGUAAAGAUACACAAUCAUACAGUAGUCAAUCCAUGUACAACAACCAAAGAAAGCUUUGAAUAGACCAGUCAAAUGGUUUGCUGCUGCUGCUCCUUGGAGAAAAAAACAAGUAAAAUAUGCAAUUUAUUUUUUUCAGCAAAGAAGUGGACACCUAAGGCUCUUCACAGAAAUAGUUUCAAUCAUACGCCACUUGAUUUUUAAGAAGCAUGUAUCUUGGACUUGUGCCGUUAUUGCGAUAGGCCAGAACUUGUAAAUUUUUUCCGCCAGUCUUUGAGGAACUGUCUACAUCUUAAUAGAAUGAUUUUUCCUUUGUUGAUGAUGUAAUGUGUGGCAUUUAGGGUAAUUUUCACUUGAUUUUAAUUGAAACGUUUUUCAUUGUUACCAUCCAUAGUACUUAAUAUUGAUGGCAGAGUUAUCAAUUUUAAGUUUCAUGUAAUAGGGUCCAAUUGCCAUACAAGCAUAAAAAAUGAUUAAGAAAAAGUAAUGCCAAGAGGUGUUUAUUUGCUUUUUUAUCACAAUUUUAUUCAAAGAAAAUAAGAGAUAACCCCCAAAAGGCAAUAUUGAUGUCAUAAUCCUUGAAAGGUAAAUAAGGCAAGCCUUAUGGAAAGCAGCAUGGUGUAAUAUUUUACUUUCGGUUGUUUACUUUAACCUGUGGGUUAUGCAAAUCUGCUGGCAGUAAUGUUAAUUUGCUAUAAGCUUGAUGUAUUCUCUUAUCUAUUCAAUUUUCACAAACCUUUGGGUUACCAAUUAAGGAUGAAAACAACAUACAAUACUCUGUUGAAUACAAGUGAAUAUUUUUUACUUAUUUAUUUACUUAUUUACAUUAAAAAUGGUAUUACAAAUAGACCUGUUAAAUGAAAGUGCUCUACGUGUAUACAACUUUCCAUCUGUCAUACAAAAAAUAGCGAUAAGGACAAAAAAUAGUGUUACACAGCAGUAAAUCCAACAAUAGCAAUAGCAAUCUUGAAUCAGUUUUGUUAAUAUUGCUGCAACAUGAGAGAUGUGACUACACAAUCCAAAAUAUUCAUAAUCUGUGCAUUCACUCUUGAACGUUCUUGACCAUAUUUAUACCAUGAUGGUUAUUGUCCAGAAUACAUCCAAGAAUCAACAAAUCUACCCUAAAUGUAAAUUGUACAUUUCUCAAAGCCAUUGAUUUUGUACAAAAUUUAUACAUGUAUAUAUAGAUAUAUAUAUAAAAUAUGUUUAUGUUUGUGACUGUACAAUAGAGUGGAAAUAAUAACAAGUCAAA